GUCGCUCCUGAACAGCCUUUGGUUUCAGUAUUGCGUCAUAUUCCUGCGACUGUCCGGUUGCAGUUUGCAAUAUGGCGGCGUCCAGGUUAGAAAUCAAUUUUAUCCGGUUAUUGUCCCGCUGUGAAGCUAUUGCUUCUGAAAAAAGAGGGGAGACGGAAUGGAGGCUGGAGAAGUACGUAGGUGCUUUGGAAGACAUGCUGGUGGCGUUAAGAAAAAGUCCAGGCAAACCUACUACAGAAAUGCUGACAGACUACACACGUAAAGUUGACUUCCUGAAAGGUCUUAUAAAGGCUGAGAAGCUGUCAUCACCUUCAGAGAAAGCUUUAGCCAAUCAGCUCCUGGCGCCAGGUCGCACACCCACCAUCUCCAGCGAGAGGAUGUCAGCCACCAAGACGGUGCACAUGCAAAGUAAAGCACGAUGCACAGGGGAGAUGCGCUCUGAGCUUUUUAGUACUAAUGCUUCAAGUGCAGGUUCGGAGACAGAGUUGAGACAUCGGAGCCGCAGCGUCCCUGCGGACGAGUGUGAGAGUGCAGCCGAGCUGGACGCCGUACUGCAGCACCACCACAGUCUGCAGGAGAAGCUUGCUGAGGACAUGCUGAACCUCGCACGCAACCUGAAGAACAAUACACUCGCUGCACAAAACAUCAUAAAACAGGACAACCAGACUCUGAGUCAGUCCAUGCGGCAGGCAGAUCUAAACUUUGAGAAGCUGAAGACCGAAUCAGAGCGACUGGAGCAGCAUGCAAAGAAAUCUGUCAACUGGCUCCUCUGGCUGAUGCUCAUAUUAGUCUCGUUCACCUUCAUCAGUAUGAUCUUGUUCAUCCGCAUCUUUCCCAGACUCAGGUGAUGCGGCCUGACUCGGAUGUCUGGUUAAAAACGCAUGCGCGCACCCAUGCACGCGCACACACUGAGUCAGUAUGCAAACGCCACUGAAGGGAAGUGCCUGGAAGUGACUCAAAAUAUCCUCUGCCAUUUGUAGCGGCAAAUAUGGUCACUGUUUCUGCAUUAACACUAAUCCCAGUUCCCCGUAAUUAUAUGCUUUAUGAAUUCCCGCAUAACAUAAAAAAUAUCCAUUAUCCUGUUAUGCGCAGUCUUCCAGCAUCACACUUCAUCUGCAGUCUUAGAGAAGUAAUCCACGUGAACUCUGUUAGAUGGAUGGGCUUGUCUUUGUUGGGACAAAUGGACAUGUCUUUAAGCAAUCAGCAGACAGAACUCUAACACACCAAUAUACUCUUAGCACUGUGGUAUGCCAGCUACCCAUGCACAAAGAAAUUAAAUAAUUUAAAAAGAA